AGAGUGUCCACUUUGCUGUCCGCUGCCGAUGUGUACAUGCGCGUGCGCGCGCGAGAGAGAGAGAGUUACUCAACUUUCGCAUUGAGUUUAGAUCUUUCGGGUUGUUUUUACUGGAGCGGAGUGUGUGUGUGUGUGUGUGUGUGUGUGUGUGUGUGAGAGAGAGAGAGAGCGAAUUUCUUUUUCUUCUCUGAGGACUGCAGCAGGAAGAAAUGUCGGGUGGAUUUGCGCUCGCGCUUCUCCGGUGACACGGGCUCUGUGUGCGACUCCCGGAGUGCGCGCUGCAACCGGAAAACAGGAACACUCGGAGAACUCUGCAUUAAAGAGGACACGCACUCUCUCUUUCUCUCUCUCUCUCCCAUACACACUGUGUGUGUUUAUUUCUCUCCGGUCAUCUGGAUUUACAGCUUUAAUGUCGGACUUUUAAAGUUUCUCGGUCCGACCGGCGGCGCGCGCAGGAGGUGUGUGUGUGUGUGUGUGUGUGUGUGUGUGGAGCUGAAGAGUUAGUGAAGAGUUGAAGUGUGUGAGGAGUGUGUACCGGAGAGAUGGAGCGCGUGCACUCGGUGUGGACGGUGUGUGUGUGUUUGGCCUUCAUCAGAAUCAACAGCUGGAGUUCAGCAGAAGAAGAAGUUGUGAUGAAUACAAAGUCAGAAACCUCUGAUCUCAGAUGGACCAUCUACCCUACUACUGAUCCUGAGUGGGAGGAGGUGAGUGGUCUGGAUGAAGAAGGGAACAGUGUGAGGACGUUUCAGAUCUGUUCUUCAGACGGCAGCUCGACAUCUCAUUGGCUGAGGACACGUCUGAUCCCAGUGGGUGGAGCCUCUCAGCUCUACGUGGAGAUUCGCUUCACCAUCAUGGAGUGUGGCACGCUGCGCUCACACUCACACACACACACCUGCAAGGAGACCUUCAACGUCUACUACUAUCAGAGUGACGACGACUCAGGCACGCUCACAGACCCUGCCUGGAUGGAGAAUCCAUACACCAAGGUAGACACGGUGGCGGCCGACUUCCUGUUGCGCCGCGGGGGUGAGAGGAAGUCGAACGUGAAGACGCUGCGUGUUGGUCAGAUCACUAAAGCCGGGGUGUAUUUAGCGUUCCAGGCUCAGGGCGUGUGCAUGGCGCUGCUAGCCGUGCGUGUUUACUAUAAAAAAUGCCCCUCCCAUGUUCGCAAUUUCUCCACCUUCCCUGAGACUCUUCCUCAUUCGCUGGUGCAGCAGGCUGAGGGCAAAUGCGUGGAGAACUCCGCCCCCUCGGGUCCUGAUGCCCGCCCACCCACCAUGCUGUGUGGAGAGGACGGCCAGUGGGUGGAGCCUGCUUCAACUUCCUGUGCGUGUAAAGCGGGAUACGAACCCAUGGACACGGACCGCUGCCGAGCGUGUGGGGCGGGUCAGUAUAAGGCGUCGAUGGGAGUGAGUGUGUGUCGUGUGUGUCCGACAAAUAGCAACACACACUCUCCUGGAGCCGCUGUGUGUUCCUGUCUCCCCGGUUACUACAGAGCACCGACUGACACGCCCGACAUGGCCUGUACCAAGCCCCCCUCUGCACCCCGGAACAUUGUCCCGCAGGUGAACGAUACGAUGGUGGUGCUGGAAUGGAAUGAGCCUGUGGAGCGCGGUGGACGCUCGGACCUUUCGUACGCUGUGGAGUGUGUGCGAUGCGGUGCGAGUGCAAGCGCGAGUGUGUGUGUGCCAUGUGAGGAGAGCGUGCUGUAUCGGCCCACGCAGACAGGACUGAUGGGGCGGAGAGUGGUGAUCCACGGCCUGCAACCACACACACGCUACACCUUCACCAUCAUCUCCAUCAACGGAGUAACGGCCGCCAGCAGCACACACACUGCAUCAGCUAGCAUCAACAUCACCACCAGCAGCUACGUCCUUGUCCCAGUCUCAGGAAUCAGGACAACAAAGGCAUCUGAGACGAGUCUGACUCUGAGCUGGAACGUCCCGGAUCACACACUUCACACCAUCACCGAGUUCCAGCUACGCUACUGUGCACAGGGUGAGGAUGAGGUAUGGCAGUACGUCAGCAGUAAGCAGAGCUCGGUGGUUCUGCCGAAUUUGUCUCGCUCGUCUCAGUACAAAGUUCAGGUCCGAGCCAGAACCAGCGCCGGAUACGGACAGUUCAGCCGCCUGACUACAGUCAGAACACUGCCUGAUGAUGCAGAGUCUCACACUCGCAUGAUAGUGACUGGCGUGCUGGUUGCUAUGGGACUCCUCAUCCUCAUCGCCAUAGUAACUGUUGCCGUGUUUUGUUUCCGAAAGCACAGCAGAAUGAGGGACUCUGAGUCGGAUAAAAACGGACAGUAUCUCAUGACUCCAGGCAUGAAGGUUUAUAUCGAUCCGUUUACAUAUGAGGACCCGAACGAAGCAGUGCGAGAGUUCGCUAAAGAGAUUGAUGUCUCAUUUGUGAAGAUCGAGGAGGUGAUCGGAGCAGGUGAGUUUGGUGAGGUGUGUCGAGGUCGCCUGCGUAUUCCGGGUAAGAAGGAGAACUACGUUGCUAUCAAGACUCUAAAGGGCGGCUACACGGAUAAGCAGAGGCGGGACUUCCUGUCUGAGGCAUCAAUCAUGGGCCAGUUCCACCAUCCCAACAUCAUCCACCUGGAGGGCGUGAUUACCACUUCCUGUCCCUCCAUGAUCAUCACAGAGUACAUGGAGAACGGAGCGCUCGACUCGUUCCUCAGGUUGAACGAUGCUCAGUUCACCCCCCUGCAGUGUGUUGGUAUGCUCCGUGGAAUAGCCAGCGGGAUGAAGUACCUGAGUGAGAUGGGUUUCGUCCACCGAGACCUCGCGGCCCGGAACAUCCUCGUUAACAGCAACCUGGUGUGUAAAGUGUCUGAUUUUGGCCUCUCCAGGUUCCUCACAGAGAGUUCCUCAGAUCCAACUUACACCAGCUCACUGGGUGGAAAGAUUCCGAUUCGUUGGACUGCUCCUGAGGCGAUCGCGUUCCGUAAGUUCACCUCCGCCUCCGAUGUCUGGAGUUAUGGAAUCGUCAUGUGGGAAGUGAUGUCGUUCGGAGAGCGACCAUAUUGGGACAUGAGCAACCAGGAUGUAAUAAAUGCUAUAGAACAGGAUUACCGUUUACCCCGCCCACCUGAUUGCCCCGCCCCCCUGCAUCAGCUGAUGUUGGAUUGUUGGCAGAGAGAGCGUGCGUCCCGCCCCCGAUUCUGUGACCUCGUAAACUCUCUUGACAAGCUUAUCCGUAACCCCACCUCCCUCAAACACACCACUCACUCGCAGGAUGGGUUGUUGCUGGACCGGCGUCCAUCUCUGUCUCAGUGUGUGUCUGUGAGCGAGUGGCUGAAGGGCAUCAAAAUGGAGCGAUACGAGGAGAACUUCAUUCAGGCCGGGUUCACCACGUUAGAGCUCAUCUCUCAGAUCAGCACUGAGGACCUGCUGCGUAUCGGUGUCACCCUGGCUGGUCAUCAGAAGAAGAUUCUCUCCAGCAUCCAGACCAUAAGAGUCCAAUCCAAAAACUCCCUGAGAUACUGAACACACGACAUCAUCCUGUGCACUUCGAGACCACUACACGUGACGGCCAAUCAAAGUUUACACAAGGAAUGACAUCAUCAGUCACAUACACCAAUUACAUCUCACUCUUUUGGUAGAUGCCAUAGUGCCUGUUCCCCUGUUCAUCUUUCCAUCAUGAUGUCAUUACACACCACCAUGCCUUGUAGACCAAUCACUGUCCGGCCUUCCACUGUCUUCGACUGAUUGGCAGAGUUUGCAUUCGGGUUUUGAGGAGAAACAGACGCCUUCCCAUCAGGCGUUGCACUUCAAGCCCAGUGCACAUGACACACGACAGCCAAUCAGAGUACUUCCAUGAGGGAUGACAUCACACUAUGAAACGUAAUGAAUUAUGGAAUUAAGGAAUUAUGACGUAUUUAUGACGCAGUCCUGUGGUGUUUAAAUCUGAUUGGAUAAUCCUCCAUGAGGGAUGACAUCGCAUCGUUAAACUGUGACAUCAUUAUGACAUCACAGUGCCUAGCAGAUCAAUCACUGUGUGCUGUUCCAUGGUGCCUGAAGAUGAUUGGCUUUGAGAAAAGUCUUAGUAGGAUGUACAGUUUUAAAAUGAAGUGAUGGUUGCCUUGACAGUGGUUGCCAUGGUUAUUUUGUUGCUAUGGAACCCUUCAUGACGUCACAACUCUUUUCCCUUUGCCUGAUGGUUUGGACCAAUCAGGAUGCAGGCGACAGGAUGGAGGUGACCAGUAGACUUUCAGCCACUUUUGGCCUUUGAUCUUUGACCUUAAACGUUGCCACGGAAACACAUUGCCACUUUGCGUUCUGGGAGUUUAAAAAUGGAAUCUUCAUAUUGAAGGUCCGUUAUUUUUUAAUGAGCCGAUGAUUAUUUUGUAUGAAUUUUUUUGUAUGAAAUAAAUAAUUGAAUAAAGUAUAAAAUGGGAAAUGA